AUGGCCCCCACCCCUCGGCUGCACGAUCCAGUCUUCCGGGGGGAAGAUCUGUUGCCUCCACGUGCAGGCCAUCAACCGCCCCGCUGUCCCCGCAAGCCAUUCACGCUGCGCUCAACACAGCACCUGUCGCCGGUCAAGAGCUGCAAUGCACCUCCGACUCCGUUGCUACAGAUUGCAUACGCAAUUCCGCGCUGA